AUGAGCGAGAUUAGGACCGUAUUGGUCCCACAAAAUCGAAGGGGUCCUUUAAAAGAACAAUGGAAAUCAAUUGCAGAGAUUUUGACGAAGCAGUUGAAGCUAAUGGUAUGUGUAAGAACACCGAAGAAAACUUGGAGGGUGAUGCUACGUAAUUCGCCUGAAACAGCCGACGCCCAGCACCUCCAAAGAGGCGUUGACUUUGUGUCAGCGUUUGUUAAAGGCUUCAGUAUUCAGGAUGCCCUCGCUAUUGUACGCAUUGAUGGGAUUUAUGUAGAAAGUUUUCACAUUGCGGAUGUUCGUCAACGCCUCCGAGGGGAUCAUAUGGCACGAGCGGUUGGCCGUAUAUGCGGUGCAAAUGGACGUAUUCGGUUGGCAAUUGAAAAUGCUACACGGACACGGAUUAUCGUGGCUGAUCAAACUAUUCACAUUUUGGGCAGCAAUGAACGCAUUGCAGUGGCUCGCAAAGCCAUCUGCAAUCUUAUUAUUGGGUCGCCCCCUAAUAAGGUGUUCGGUCGUAUCCAGAAUCAAACCGCACGUCUUGACUCAACCUUCUAG